UAUACGGAGUGGAGAAAAAGACAUCCCUCUGGAUACGUUAGUGUUUCCUAUUUCACUUGUAGGUGGAAGAAGUUUGCUUUAUUUAACGACACCACUAGAGCACAUUUAUUUAUUAAUCAUCGGUUACUGGAUGUCAAGCGGUUAUUUUGACAGUCAUAGAGGAAACCCGCUACAUUUUCUUUCCAUUAGUAGCAAGGGAUCUUUUAUAUGCACCAUCCCACAAACAGGAUAGCACAUACCAAGGUCUUUCAUAUACCAGUCGUGGUGCACUGGCUGGAACAGUUGUAGGUGGAAUGCCACUCCCAUUACUGGUUAUAUCUUAGGGGCGUUGGCUGGGGUGGACGAACACCGUUCCCCUGAGGCUAAAUCAAUUUUUAGUGCAAUAUUAUUCUUGUAUGUAUGCUAGAAACAUUAAGACAGCAGGGAUAGAAGCUAAGGCUCGCCCCCUCGCCCCAGGCGAGUAGAAAUCCCUGGGGGCGAGUACAAUUUAAUUUUAAAUGGCGCUAGUCCCCCGGGCAAGUAAUACUGGGCAGUUGUGACCCAGAUUCACGAUGCGGACAGUCAAACUAUUUUGUCAUGAACUCUCUUUAACAGGUUUGGGCCCUCAAAAUUUCCACAUGGGCCAAUACACCUCUUUGCUUUCAAAGACUCCGCUGACGUCUACUGAAACAAACGCAAUGACAUUGUUUUGUGCGUCAUUACACGUUGGGAUUGGGAGGCGGGGCAAUCGUUAUUGUGACGCAAGUCUUCUAUGACGUCACGCAUUUGUGUUGGAUACGCGCUGUGCUACUGCCUGUACUCGGACAACGCGCGAUUCGGUUUGACGUACGCGAAAACUGCCAUUAGGAUGUUCAAAGCUGCUAAUUUUCUAACAAAAUGAACAAAGGAAGCCCGAAGAUUAUUCAACUUAUAAAUGAACUCAAUUUUAAAAUAGACCACCAAAAUAGUCAGACGAUCUUUGAGAAGUGUUUUAAAACACACAAUUUCAACAAAGAAUACGACCUUAACAUCGUUUCGUGUGAGAUAAAAUGGUUAAACAGAAAACAAGAUGGGCGUACAGAUUUCCAGAUAUGUAGGAAAGUGUUUUCUGAAACACAAAUCGGUAAAGAAAUGUUUUCAGCUUCACAAGCUAACAAAAUAAAGUCAGUUGGAGAAAUAAUUAGCGAAAUCGAAAGUAGAAAUCGCCAUGCUAUAAAAAGAAAUAUAGAAAAAUAUUCUGAUGAAACCAUUUGCGAAGAUAAUUCUGAUGAACAAAACUACAAAAUGUGUUCAGCUCCAGACGUUAAUAAAAUAAAGUCUGUCGAAGAAAUAAUUCGCAAAAUCGAAAGUAAAAGUCGCCAAGCUAAACAAAAACGGAUAGGAAACCAUUCUGCUGAAAACAAUAGCGAAGAGGAUUCUGAUGAACAAAACGAAGUCUAUACAGCCCCAGAAGUUAACAAAAUAAAGUCCGUUGAAGAAAUAAUUCUCAAAAUCGAAAGUAAAAGUCGCCAAACUAGAAAAAGAAAGAUAGACAAACAUUCUGCUGAAAACAGUAGCGAAGAUGAUUCUGAUGAACAAAACAAAAUGUAUACAGCCCAGGAGGUUAACAAAAUAAAGUCCGUUGAAGAAAUAAUUCGCAAAAUCGAAAGUAAAAGUCACCAAGCGAAACAAACACGGAUAGAAAAACUUUCUGUUGAAAACAAUAGCGAAGAUGAUUCUGAUGAACAAAACAACAAAAUGUUUUCAGCUCCAAACGUUAUCAAAGAAAAGUAUGUUGAAGAAACAAUUCGCGAAAUCGAAAGUAAAAGUCUCCUUGCUAGAAAAAGAAAGAUAGAAAAGCAUUCUGUUGAAAACAGUAGCGAAGAGGAUUCUGAUGAACAAAAUAACGAAGACGGCGUCAAAUCCAGCAAGCUGGAGACCCCCAAGUGUCACACGGACGUGGGUGAACGGCCCAUUUCAAACAGUUUAAAACCGUCAUGUGGAAAACCCCUCACGGUGUCGGGCGCUAAAAUAGAUGACGUCAGAGAUCCUGCGCCGUCGCAGUCUUACAACAACUUGGUCAAGUUCUGGGAGAAGAGAAAUCACAUGCUGCUACCCAGCCGACUAUCUAGAAUCGCCAAACUGCAAGAGUCAGGUGAAGAUUGCAAUUCACCUGUACUGACAGAAGAAUCGCAGCAGGAGGUUCUCAAACCGCACUCUAGUCCCCAAGAGAUCUCCAAACCAUACUCUAGUCUCCAAGAGAUCUCCAAAACAUGCUGGCCAAUGACACAAAACUCCCAGCCGCCAACCUGCGAACAGAACGACUUUCGAUCCUGCGAUUCCGAGCAGAAUGUCAAAUCUGUAACGUUGCGGACAGACUCGCACCUGAACUUGUCACCUACACCAGAAUCCACGACAUGUUGCCAGCAGGACGUCGAGUUAUGCGCUGCCGAGCAAAGAGACACGUGUUCUCCUCCUCCCUCGCCAGAGAACUCCCUAUCGUACUCAUCACCCGUGACUCCUGAGUUUAUCAAGUCGCAGACUCCCGUGUCCAGUCCAGGUGAAGAUUGCAAUUCACCUGUACUGACAGAAGAAUCGCAGCAGGAGGUUCUCAAACCGCACUCUAGUCCCCAAGAGAUCUUCAAACCAUACUCUAGUCUCCAAGAAAUCUCCAAACCAUGCUCGCCAACGACACGAAACUCCCAGCCACCAUCCUGCGAACAGAACGACUUUCGAUCCUACGAUUCUGAGCAGAAUGUCAAAUCUGUAACGUUGCGGACAGACUCGCACCUGAACUUGUCACCUCCAGCAAAAUCCACGACAUGUUGCCAGCAGGACGUCGAGUCAUGCGCAGUCGAGCAAAGAGACACGUGUUCUCCUCCUCCCUCGUCAGAGAACUCCCUGUCAUACUCAUCACCCGUGACUCCUGAGUUUAUCAAGUCGCAGACUCCCGUGUCCAGUCCAGGUGAAGAUUGCAAUUCACCUGUACUGACAGAAGAAUCGCAGCAGGAGGUUCUCAAACCGCACUCUAGUCCCCAAGACAUCUCCAAACCAUACUCUAGUCUCCAACAGAUCUCCAAAACAUGCUGGCCAAUGACACAAAACUCCCAGCCACCAACCUGCGAACAGAACGACUUUCGAUCCUGCGAUUCCGAGCAGAAUGUCAAAUCUGUAACGUUGCGGACACACUCGCACCUGAACUUGUCACCUCCACCAGAAUCCACGACAUGUUGCCAGCAGGACGUCGAGUUAUGCGCAGUCGAGCAAAGAGACACGUGUUCUCCUCCUCCCUCGCCAGAGAACUCCCUAUCGCACUCAUCACCCGUGACUCCUGAGUUUAUCAAGUCGCAGACUCCCGUGUCCAGUCCAGGUGAAGAUUGCAAUUCACCUGUACUGACAGAAGAAUCGCAGCAGGAGGUUCUCAAACCGCACUCUAGUCCCCAAGACAUCUCCAAACCAUACUCUAGUCUCCAAGAGAUCUCCAAACCAUGCUCGCCAACGACACAAAACUCCCAGCCACCAUCCUGCGAACAGAACGACUGUCGAUCCUGCGAUUCCGAGCAGAAUGUCAAAUCUGUAAUGUUGCGGACAGACUCGCACCUGAACUUGUCACCUACACCAGAAUCCACGACAUGUUGCCAGCAGGACGUCGAGUUAUGCGCUGCCGAGCAAAGAGACACGUGUUCUCCUCCUCCCUCGCCAGAGAACUCCCUAUCGUACUCAUCACCCGUGACUCCUGAGUUUAUCAAGUCGCAGACUCCCGUGUCCAGUCCAGGUGAAGAUUGCAAUUCACCUGUACUGACAGAAGAAUCGCAGCAGGAGGUUCUCAAACCGCACUCUAGUCCCCAAGAGAUCUUCAAACCAUACUCUAGUCUCCAAGAAAUCUCCAAACCAUGCUCGCCAACGACACGAAACUCCCAGCCACCAUCCUGCGAACAGAACGACUUUCGAUCCUGCGAUUCCGAGCAGAAUGUCAAAUCUGUAACGUUGCGGACACACUCGCACCUGAACUUGUCACCUCCACCAGAAUCCACGACAUGUUGCCAGCAGGACGUCGAGUUAUGCGCAGUCGAGCAAAGAGACACGUGUUCUCCUCCUCCCUCGCCAGAGAACUCCCUAUCGCACUCAUCACCCGUGACUCCUGAGUUUAUCAAGUCGCAGACUCCCGUGUCCAGUCCAGGUGAAGAUUGCAAUUCACCUGUACUGACAGAAGAAUCGCAGCAGGAGGUUCUCAAACCGCACUCUAGUCCCCAAGACAUCUCCAAACCAUACUCUAGUCUCCAACAGAUCUCCAAAACAUGCUGGCCAAUGACACAAAACUCCCAGCCACCAAUCCUGCGAACAGAACGACUUUCGAUCCUGCGAUUCCGAGCAGAAUGUCAAAUCUGUAACGUUGCGGACACACUCGCACCUGAACUUGUCACCUCCACCAGAAUCCACGACAUGUUGCCAGCAGGACGUCGAGUUAUGCGCAGUCGAGCAAAGAGACACGUGUUCUCCUCCUCCCUCGCCAGAGAACUCCCUAUCGCACUCAUCACCCGUGACUCCUGA